UUAGUUCAAUUUUCUGAACAUUGUUAUUUACUAGGUUAGUUAAAGUUUAGUGGAAUCGUAACAUAAGAUUUUCUAAAAAAGAAACAUUGAUAUGUUUUCCAGCUGUAUCAGACAUCGAGCCCUAAGGCGCCCCUUACAAUUGUUAAGAUGUAAUUCUACCGCUACAGAACCUGCGACGGCACCUUCCUCCGAAGAGCAAGUAGCCAAGAAAAAUCCAUUGGAUCACCCGGACUACUUUCAGGUUCACAAUUUAUUCACAGUAAAAGAUUUGUUUGAUGCUAGGGUUCACUAUGGCCAUAAAGAGGGUUCACUAAAUGAUUAUAUGAGGCCAUAUGUUUAUGGAUCUAGACUUGGUCAUUUAAUAUUUGAUUUGGAUAUCACAGCUGAACAUUUGAGAAAAGCACUAAACUUUACAGCUCAUAUUGCCUACAGAGGAGGCAUUAUUUGUUUUUUCAACAGAAAUGCUUUAAACUCCCACUUGGUUGAAAGGACUGCCCAGGAAUGUGGAGAGUAUGCUCACACAAGAUUCUGGAGGGGUGGUAUUUUUACUAAUGCCAACCACCAAUUUGGUGCAGUCACAAGGUUGCCUGACCUGUGUAUAUUUUUGAAUACUCAGAAUAAUAUUUUGAAUCAGCAUACAGCUGUGAGGGACAGUGCUAAAAUGUUGAUACCCACAAUUGGUGUGGUAGACACCAACUGCAAUCCUAAUUUAAUUACCUACCCAGUACCAGGCAAUGAUGACACUCCAGCUGCUAUAGAACUUUACUGCAAGUUAUUUAAAUCUGCAAUUCUUAGAGGUAAAGAGGAACGAAUGAAAUUUUUACAAGAAAAUAAUUAGAAUGUUUGUACAGUAUGUAGGUCAAAGUAUAAUUAAAAUAGUCAUUUGAAAUAAAA